AUGUCGGAGGAAACAAUUAUGUCUAUGAAUGAUCAAACAAUUAAAAUUGAACCACCUGAAUAUUCACCAGAAGACAUUAAACUUGAAAUGGAGGAUGAAUUUGAUAAUCCUGAUGUUAUUGUUAAAUCUGAAUCGUGUUCUGAAGAUGAUGAUACGUGUUCAGAAAGAUUCAUGAAUUCCGAGGUGACAAUUGAAGAAGAAGUCAAACAGGAGUUGGUCGAGACAUCAACUUAUGAAUGUGACAUUUGCAAUAAAUCAUUUGCAGAAACACAUCAUUUAAAAGAGCAUAUGAUCGAACAUAUGCCUAAUAAUAGCAAAGAAAGUCCUUUUAAAUGUGAAAUCUGUUACAAGACUUUUGAUCGAUUAAGUGAUCUGAAAAGGCACAUGCUCAUUCACAGUGGCAAUCUGAAAAGUCACAUGCUCUGGCAUAGUGGAGUACGUCCCCAUGAAUGCAAUAUAUGCAAUAAGAAAUUUACACAAUCAUGUCAUCUGAAAAGUCACAUGCUUAUUCACAGUGGAGUACGUUCUCAUGAAUGCAAUAUAUGCAAAAAAACAUUUACGCAUUCAGGCAAUCUGAAAAGUCACAUGCUGAUACACAGUGGAGUACGUCCCCACGAAUGCAAUAUAUGCAAUAAGACAUUUGCAGAAUUAAGUAAUCUGAAAGUUCACAUGAUCAUUCACACUGGAUUAAGGCCUCACGAAUGCAAUAUAUGCAAAAAGACAUUCAGACAUUCAGUAUGCAAUAAUACAUUCACACAUUUACGUGAUCUAAAAUGCCACAUGCUCAUUCACAGUGGUGAGCGCCCUUAUGAAUGCAAUGUAUGCAACAAGACAUUCACGCAAUUAAGUAGUCUGAAAUGUCACAUGCUGAUACACAGUGGUGAGCGUCCCCAUGAAUGCCAUAAAUGCAAAAAGACAUUCACAGAAAAAGGUAAUCGUAAAUGUCACAUGCUGACACACAGUGGAGUACGUCCUCAUGAAUGCAAUGCAUGCAAUAAGAAAUUUACACAAUCUAGUAAUCUGAAAAGGCACAUGCUGAUUCAUAAACGAGAGCAUCCUGAUAAAUGA